AUGCCGACCCCAGAAUCAGAGUCGUUCAAAGCCGCCAAACCCACUGUACCGCCGACCUUCGAUGGAGUAGACUACGAUGACAACAAAGCACUCAAGGCCGCGCAGGAUGCGAUCAUCAGAGAGCAGUGGGUACAGAGCAUGAUGGCGCGGUUGAUAAGAGAGGAGAUGGGCAAGUGCUACUACAAAGAGGGCGUGAACCACCUCGAGAAGUGCGGGCACCUUCGAGAGCGGUAUUUGAAGCAGCUGAAGCACUCAAAGGUCAAGGGCUACCUCUUCGAGCAACAAAAUUACGUCCCCAAGGACUCAUAG